AUGAACGCGCAGGGCAAGACCCGCCUCGACAAAUGGUUCACGCCUCACGGUUCCAAGGAGAGGCGAAGGGUGAAGCGAGAGAUGGAGACGACCAUCUUGCGUCGUGGCCGCAACACCAGUAACUUCAUUCAGUGGAAGGAAUUCACCGUCAUCUACAGGAGAUACGCCAGCUUGUUCUUCGUGUUCUGCGUUGACACCGCCGACAACGAACUCAUUGUUCUCGAGGCCAUUCAUUUGCUCGUGAGGGCGAUGGACAAGUACUUCGGCAAUGUGUGCGAGCUCGAUCUCAUCUUCAAUUUCGAUAAGGCAUACCAGAUCCUGGAUGAAGUGCUCAUGGCCGGAGAACUGCAAGAGACCUCAUUGAACAAGAUCACGCACAUCGUGCACGAGCAGGACCUGCUGGAGAAUCCCCAAAUGAACAACUCGGAAUUCUCCAUCUUCUGA